AUGUCCAGAAGUUGUUGUAUCAUCAGGUACCAUCGGAACAAGAGGGCAAACGUACCUUGCGAGCCCCUACAUUUUUCGUCUCCCAAGAGGACCAUUCCUUCAAGACAGAGUUUUUCCCUAGCGGUAGUGAGGCUGAGCGACGUAUCUCUUUCUUUGCGCAAUCGUUAUCUACGCCAAUUCCUGAACCACUGCCUGUUGACAACAUGCCUACCUUUACUGUCCUUAUUCCUCAUUACAGUGAAAAGAUUCUUCUUUCGCUCCGUGAGAUUAUCCGUGAAGAUGAUCCUUAUUCCCGUGUUACGCUUCUGGAGUACCUUAAGCAGCUUCAUCCUCACGAAUGGGACUGCUUCGUUAAGGAUACAAAAAUUCUGGCUGAUGAGACCUCCCAAUUCAAUGCUGCACCUGAGUACACUCUUCGAACUCGUAUUUGGGCCUCACUUCGUUUCCAAACGUUAUAUCGCACAAUAUCAGGUUUCAUGA